UGUUCGUCGAAAAAGACAUCUUCGAGGGAAUAUCGAAGACUUGCAGCACAUCCCAGAGAAGAAAAGGCCAACGCGGAUAAUCAUAAAGAACCAGAAUCUGUCGAAGGAAUAUCGACAUCCCGAGAGAGACCAGCAUCGACGGAUAAUCGGACACGUCCUCUCUACUAUCGAAGGAACAUCGAUAAAAAACUUAGCUUCAACCAACUACUCUUAGAGCCAGUACCUAUCAACGGUAGAACGAUGAAGAUACCUACAACAUCAGCACUAUUCGGAAUAAACUCAACGUUUUUCAUCAAAAGGGAUUGUCGAGCAAUCGAAACAAACACUUUAUGCAACCGGAACGACCUCAUGGAUGUUUCCACAGAUAACUGCUUUUCAAAAAUUCUAAGAGGAUACCCAGGUAAAUGCCCUUUCACCGAACACUCCAAUACAACAGUAGUCAAAAGACUCACCGAAAACCACAUCAUCAUCAAGAACACAUCAUCUAUUGAAAUGGGUACAAACUGCAAUUUAUCCAACAGAACUCUGAAGGGAACAAUACUGAUAUAUUUUUCAAACUGUACAAUAACACUGAAUAACAAGACUUACAGUAACUUGGAACUGUACAGCAAACCUCAUCAACACAUCAUCCCACUCGACGGAGUUCAGAUAGAACACAAAAUCGAACACGAUAUUUCCAUGCACAAGCUACAUGAGUUACAUAUCCAUAAUCGCCAGAAACUUUCUGACUUAGAAAACGAGAAUAUCAAAUACACCUACACCAGUGUAGGCCUUUCAACUUUUAGUAUCCUUUCAGUGCUCCUUGUUACCUCAUACAUCAUUAUCAGGAGACGUUCAACAACCAUUCCAAUAAUCGUAUCGGGACGAUACGAUCUUAAAGGGGGAGCAGUUACCAACCAACCCACCACGUCACAUCAAGUUGGCAACGAUAAAACACCAAACAUCUUACAAACACUAUUUGGCCCGAAUCAUCAAAAAGCAUCAACCCCAACAACCACGUGAGCGACCGGCAAACGCAUAACAGCCUACAGCACAUUUACCUUUUGACGAUAAACUGCGGCAUCAACAAAAUAACAUCCGGACAACGACGACAACAGUGAUCGACCCUUGGACAGGCUUCGGAAAGUGUAGGUCAGCUAGUUUCAAUUGCAUAGGUUAGCUCUAAGUAGAAUUGAAUAUAAUUAUCAUUCUUGGUUUAACAG